AUGUCAACCUCGGAGAAGGAAGGGGAGUCAAAAAGCCAACAACUAUAUGCUUGGAAGGCUCCCCUCGCGAUGUGCCUCAGUAUGUUGGGCGGGGUCGGCUUUGCAGUCGGUCAUGACCGUUUCUACGGGAGCCUCGCCGGAACGCCGCCCUCAUCAGAGAUCUACCCCGACUUCAGCGCGGUGGGCGGCGUCACCAGCCAGCAGUUCAACGUUGCCCUAGGGACGCUGUUGGCUUCGAUGUCCAAGAUCCUCCUCAGCAUGGCCAUAUCAACGGCGCAAGAGCAACAUGUGUGGAGUGUUCUCAAGGCCCGUCCUUCAAAGCUUCGCUCAAUUGACGGAUUGUUGUCUUCUAAGUCUAAUGCUCUGAACAUUUUAGAUGCCAGUGUUAAGAGCCCAGCCCUCGUGUGGCCACGUAGGGAUGAUUUCUGUAUAUAG